GUUUUAACUUUUCGCUUCGUGAUAUAUCUGGUGGUGGAUUGUAAAAAUCCCAUUGAACGCUGUGAAUAAUGCCAGAAGAAGUGAAACUUUCGCAUCGAUCUCGAAAACGGCUGAGAGAGGUGAAACGAAAAGCCCGACCAGAGUUGGGUGACAAAGGAGCAUGGACAGUAUUGGACUAUGCGAAUCGAUUUGAAGAGUUCUGGAAAUUCGAUGACAAUAUUGAACGAAUCGACGCGCAAUUCGUGAGCUGUGCAGAAUUUAUCGAACGAUAUGAAAAGCCGAAUAAGCCGGUCGUUAUCACAAACUUACAGACAAAUUGGAAAGCCAAUGAAAAAUGGACGCUACCACGGUUGAUGAAAAAGUAUCGCAACCAAAAGUUCAAGUGUGGCGAAGAUAACGAAGGCUACAGCGUUAAAAUGAAAAUGAAGUAUUAUGUCGAAUAUAUGCAAACGACAAAGGAUGACAGUCCACUGUACAUUUUUGACAGCAGCUUUGGUGAUCAUCAUCGCCGGAAAAAGCUGCUCGAUGACUACGUGGUACCAAAGUAUUUCCAGGACGAUUUAUUUAAAUAUUCGGGUGAAGAACGACGUCCACCAUAUCGUUGGUUCGUGAUGGGACCAGCACGUUCUGGCACCGGUAUUCACAUUGAUCCACUGGGAACGAGUGCGUGGAAUGCAUUAGUCGUAGGACAAAAAAGAUGGUGCCUCUUCCCAACGCAUACACCGAAAGAAUUGUUAAAGGUCACGAGCGACAUAGGUGGUAAACAGCGAGACGAGGCGGUCACUUGGUUCAGUGCGAUAUACCCAAGAACAAAGCUUCCAGACUGGCCUAAAGACUGUCAACCAAUCGAAAUUCUACAAAAACCGGGUGAAACAGUCUUCGUACCGCUCGGUUACUGGCAUGUUGUGCUCAAUUUAGAUGAUACGAUAGCAGUAACCCAGAAUUUCUGUAGCAAAACCAAUUUUCCGAUCGUUUGGCACAAAACAGUUCGUGGUCGACCAAAAUUAUCGAAGAAAUGGUUGCGCGUGCUUAAAGAUAAGGAGCCCGAAAUGGCUGAAAUCGCCGAGAGUGUGAAUUUAAAAGAAGCCACUGGUUAUGCAUCGGAUAGUUCCAGCAACUCAAGUUCAUCGUCAUCAUCGUCUAGCUCAUCGUCAUCAAGCGAAUCAGAUAGCGACGAUUCAAAUACGGAUUCGGGCCAAGAGAGCCUAACCGCGAAAAAGAAGAAACGGCGACGUAUGAAUGAAUCAUCGUCCAUGUUGUCACCGUCAUGAUAGCUAAGUGUCGAUCAGUCAUCGACUUCGACAUCGGCUGAAUCUACAGCCAAUAAAAUGCCAAAUUCCAUGAAAAAAAUUAUCGUUUUCUAUGUCCAUUGGAUGCGUCAGUUUCUGAUGGAUUUUUGCUGUUGUAGCAGUGCAAAUUGAUUACGAUCAUUAUGUCAAUGACAAAACAAUUUAAAACACACACACACACACACUAUCUAACUACAGCUGAGAAACAAAAUGCAAUCAAUACGAAAAUGUCGAAUCGAACUGAACUCGACCCGCAAUAAUUCUCCAAUAUAUCAAAUGCCACAACGUGUACAAAUGACGAUUAUUACGAAAUAUUCUCCACUUUUGAUCAUUGAACAUUGUUUUUUUUUCUCAACAAAUUGCAAUAGUUUUCAUUUGAUUUCUGUACGACGAUCAAGGUUCGAUUGUAUUCUGACAUUUUCGUUUCUCUUCUUUUCAUUUGAAACUAUUUUUUUCUCUUAAUUUAUAAACUAUUUAAUAACGACAUUGUUUUGUUCUCUUUUUUCGAUAAAACAGAACAUUCAUGAAGUGAAGAAUAUUUAAAUAGAUUUAUUUCCAUGUGCCUUGCUGCCAAAAACCAUUUAAAGAAAGAAGAAAAAAAUACUAUCAACAAUAGCAAAUUCUAAAUAAAAAAAGAUUUAAACCAAUCCAAACAGAA